AUGCGGUAGGUGACAGUGUGUUGAUUUCUGUGCAGUAUUGAUUCUAUUAUUUGUGUUUUAUUGGGAUGAGAGUGUGGAUUUCGGUGGAGGAGAACAUUGCCAUGUGUGUGUCGGAUGCAGAAACAUUUCAAACUUUCUUGGCUCCAGAUGUGGUGGAUAUGAAGAAUCUGUUUAGUGUCAUGUUGUUUUAGGCUUGGAAGCAGAAACAAAAACAGGAAAGUAGAAGAAGAAAAUAACAAGAAAUCCCAACUGGGGAACCUGAGGCUGUCGGGACUGGAAAUCUGCUUGGUGCUGAGCUCAGACAGCUAGCCCUGUCCCUCCCUCUGGCGCCCGAUUUCACUCCCCAGCCAGGCCUCCUGAGGGAGGGAGGGAGGGAGGAGAGGGAGCGAGAAGAAUGGAUGGACAGGAGAAAGAUUCCGAAAGUAUCUGGGGGGAGGGGGUGCUGGAAGAGGGCGCCAGCCCUAGGUGAGGACCUAAAAUAGAGUGAAGGACUUCUGAAGGAGCUGGGAGCCAAUAGAUAAGCGACUUUGGGUACAGAGGGUAUGAGAGAUUGAUUUACUUUGAUUUGCAUGAAUAAGUGCUUGGUUUUCUUUUUUAAAAGAUCAGAUCAGAAGCGUUCAGUCUUGGGUCUCACGGCUUGCCCAGAGUCUGGCUGCUGGGUCUGGGUCUGGGUGUGGGGAAUAUUGGUUCUCUCAGGGCUGAGUUGGAAAGACAGGGGCGCAGCCACUUGUGGCGCUGGAGGCCCUCCCCACCUCCACCCUCACCCCCAAGCACAGGUAGAUUUUCUCUUAAGCAGGCCAGGGCUGGACUCCGGAGGUGGAGGUGGGGGUUCAACUGCAUAGGGAGAGAAGUUCUCGGCCAGCACCCACGACACUUAAGAGCCUGUUCUCAAAGGAAAAAUUCCCCAAACACACCCAGACUAAAGAGCUUUUUCUCCUGUAGUCUUGGUGAGGUAUAAAUCAUUCCCUCAGACAGUUUGCUCUACAGUUUGCUCUGACCCAAAUUAUGCGGUUUGCUGCCAUCUACCGUCCGUUCGGAGACAUGCGCCCUCGGCGCCGCCUGCCUAAAGACGCUGCGGGAACAGCGCCCGACGCUCGCAGUCCCCGCCGCUCAGGCUCGGCGGGAUUCGGGGUCGUCGAGGCCUGAUGGGCGCUUUCCACUGGCUCUUGACUCCCACCCGUGUGCUUGUGGAUUAGAGAACAAGUGUCACUCACCCGCGCCUGCCCAUCCUAGCAGGCUGGCCGGGGAAGUGGCCUUUUCUAGGGCAUAUUUAAAGAGGACUAAUACUGCAUCCCGCGGGCAGGGGGCCCUGGACCGACCGAAGGGUGGGGGAACAGACUCUCGAGCUUCCCCACCCCCCAGGCGCGCGAGUGGAUCGCCCGGGCCGCUGGGGAGAUCGGAGGCCAAGGCUGUUGAAGGUUUAUUUGGUUUUCUUUUCGGCCAAUGGAGGCGGUUAGCCGGAGAGGAGCUGGCCCCAGCAGUUCCACUCGGCUGUCAAAAGACAAACCGGGUCUGUGUUCUCCCGGGUGGCUGAUGGGUCUUGCCAGUUCUUGGUGCUGUGUGUCGGUGGUGAAGGAAUUGAGCUGAAUUUUCGGAAAACUGUUGGUGUCUGCAAGUGAGUGCGGGUCCUCCCCCAUUUCCUAUCGUUUCAAGCGAAAUCGACAUAAAUAUUCCUUGGAAAGAAAUUGGGAGUGGAAGUGGGGAUCAAUCAUUAAGGAGCCAAACCAUUGUAAUUUCCGCUUCUGCUGAACCCCCAUACACACCCUCUUAACCCAACCGCUUUCGCAGAAGGGGGUGGCAAAGGGGGGGGCAAGGGUAAUGGCCUCUAUUGCCUCCUGUGAAUAUUGGCCCCUGUCUCAUGGGUUACUGAUUAGCUCGGGCUUUCAAGCUUCAGGAGGAAGCUCUGGUCGCUCCUUUCAAGGUGCUGUGGCCCUGGUUUUUGCUCCAGGAAAUUGCCUGUGGUGCCAAGCAGACUGAGAUGUUAUUAGGGUCUGGCCCAGAGAUGGAGGAGCUGCAGGGGUUGAGACCCUGGGGGGCAGGGGGCAAAGCACUGUGCCCCCAUGCCUUUGAGCCUCUGAGUCUGGGCGGCAGGAGAAGCCCUUUCAGUUAAUGGGCAGAGGAAUGACUUGCUGGCAUCUAGCAAGCCCAGCCCAGUGGCACCAGUGGAAGCUCAGCCAGAGAGCCAUGGGCCCCUUAGAGGCGUUUUCUGUAGGCAGUCCAAAGAACAGGCACCCAGUGAAAGGCGGCUAGUGCUGGGAGUUGAAACACUUCAGGGCUCUUAGGGUACCACAGACUUGGGGGGGGGGAGGAAACAGGAAGAACAAGCCCUACCGGCCCACUCCACCCACCCUCCCCAAGAUCAGAGACCAGGCCGCUAAUUUGCAUAAUGGAAAUAAGGUCUUUGUAUCACGCAUUGGACCUCUGAUUUUUAGGCUCCAUCCCAGCUAAAUAGGUCCCAAAGGCUAGGAGCAGCCACACUUUUCUCUCUGAGGGCAUUUAUAUCCCCCAAACUUAAAUGAUCAGAGUCCAGGGGAACGAGUAGGUUGAGAUGUUUUCAUUGCCCCAGUCCAGCCAGAAUUGAGAGUGGGAUAGAGGAAGGUGCUCACAAUCUAAAGAAAAAACUGGGAGUGAGGGGAGUUUUGUAGCUAAGAGGAAAUGGGAAGCCUGGACAAUGUCUUAAUCUCCCUCCCCAUCCACCUCCUUCCCCACAGGCAAAUAUCCCUCUCUGAGGUUACUGGUACAGGAGAAUUUUACUCCUGAGCUGAAUAUAACUUAGACACAUCCCUGCCAGCUGGAGUGUGUGUGUUCACAGCACCACAGAUUCACAGCACAGAAAAAUUACAAUUAUAAAUCCUGCCUGUGGGGUUUCUAUACAAUCUUUCUGCAGUGUACUCAAACCUUGGUACACAUUUAUUUCUAUCUCUCUAUGCACAUACUUCCUCGUUGAGGCAGAGAGAGAUACCCCAGGUCGGCAGAAGGCUGUGCCGCUGUGUAUUUACAUAUUCCCCCUUGGAGACAGACUUCGUGGACAGAACUACAGACAGAUUCAUAGAGAUCUGGCUCCAGAAACCAGGCGGCCUCUGGCCUGGCCCUGCCCGCCUGCUCUUUCUCCCAAACAAACGGAUCAGACGAAUAAACGCUCAUAAAUACCUCUGGGCUUAGAUAAGAGCGAUGAGGCGCUAUUUCCUUUCAUGCCGACUCCAGGCGCCCAGCCCUGCCUUUGCGGCCCCAUCUCACCACAGGCAACCUGCAGAGGUGAGGUUAAUUUGGGGGCUUCGAUUCUAAGGAUAAGGGAGCUCUCGCAGGGGAUGACUCCCUCUUGCAGCACAGCAAGAUUCCAGAGGAAAACCCACACCUUCUAGCCCUAAGAUAGGGACAUCCUGGCUUGGGAGGAGGCAGGGAGAGCUGAGGCCCAGCCUCAGAAGCAAGGAGCAGGAAUGCAUACCCAGGCACUCUCCUCCCCACCUUACUCAUUCUGCCCAAGUGUUCCCCCCUCCUCUCUGAAAGUGGGCCCAGUCACUGCUAGAAGGCAGCACUUAUGAGUCCAUCAUUAGGAGGCUCAAACUGAUUUUCUUAAAUCAUCCUUAGCUCCCCUCCCCACAGAGUCUGGGUAGGAAGUGGUUGGUGGAACAUCCAGGGAUCACCAUUUGGCCAUGAAGGUGCAGCCUAGAAGUUGUCCCUGGGAGUUCAGAGAGCCUUGUUGGCUCUCUGUAACCAACUAAAGAUCCACCUGUGGUCCACAGCCCCAGAUCUCUUUACAUUUUCCAAUAUCCUGUUCCAUUGUCAGUGGGCUGACCACUAAAAGGGGCCCAGAGAACAGGGAGAGGAGGGUCAACCUGGUCCUGUCAUCAUCUGACUUUGUCCUCCACCCUGUCCCAGUCCUGACCGCAGGUCCAAAUGUGGUCACUCUAAUUCCUGGUGAAGGGUGUGUGUUUGAAUCUUGAAAACACAUCAGGACUCGGUCUUCCAGCCUGGCCUCAAUGCUCAUUCUCCUCAGAUGAGAAAAGAGAGAACACAAACCAGAGAAUCAGAGACUCACACACACUUGAUGUUGUAUGGCAGGAAAGCAGGGGAUACAACAUGAGAGACACUCAGAUACAGGCAGAAGGGUUGUGAGCAUCUGGAGAGCGAAUGGGGCUGGCAGUUGUAAGCUGCCUGCUGAGCCCCAGGAGAGCUGAACACUUCUCCCUUCCUAUAAAACUAAACCAAGUAUUGGGACGUAACCACUUUUGAAAAGAAUAGCCAGGUUCUGGAGAGACCUAGGAAAGGAACAAGAACCUCUCUCUUCCUGGGAGUCUCUGAUUGACUCAAAUAUAGGAGGGUUUGAGGACCCCAAUGUGGAGGAGGAAGAAGGUUCUUUCCUGUAUUCAGACUUAGGAAUCAACACCCUUGAUUCCCAAGAUUAUCUCUAGCUUAUGAUAUACCUGUCUUUAGGGGUAGGAGGUGGGAGUAGGGUGAGGAUUGAGGGCAGGACAGGGAUCAGACAAUCCUAGGCUCGAGGAGCCUCCCUCCCUCCCCAUCGCUCAAGGGUGCAUAGUGGAACCAGGAGGAUGUCUUGGGUGGGUGUAGUCAGCCGCAGCUUUCCUAGAAACUCCCAGAGGAGCCCUAGGGCCAGAGGGAAAAGCUUGGGCUCGGGCCCUCCUCCCUGCUAGCUUUCUGGGUCUUCUGGACAGCAGGCCCUGUGAGCACAAGAGCUGUGAAGAUGCAGGAAUAGUAAACUAGGGCUGGAGAAGACAGAGUGCAUCUGAGAAACGGGAGAAACGGUUUUCAAAACCUGGGAAAGAGACUGUUUUCUUCUUGGCUUCUGUCUUUCUUAAAAACGCUGUUUAUUAGCGGAGAACUCUUCUGGCCUUCUACCAACACAAAACCGUAGAAACCGACCUUUCCUUUCCUGCUUUCUUAACGAAGGAGGUUGCGAUUGGAGACUCAGAACAUUAAACCACCCUCCCCUUGAAGGGAUGGGGCUCAAGCCACGCAGGGGUUAACUUUUCUGAAAACACAAUUAACUUUUUCCUAUCCUGCGUGGAAGGGGAGGGAUAUAUUUAUUUAAUCACUGGGGGAUGGGGUGGUCUCAAUCCAAAUGCUCCCUCCGCCUUCAAAGCACAGACGCCUCUCGCAGAUCCUACGUAGGUGGAACAGGACGCGUUGUGUUGUUGGGGGAAGAGAGAGAGAAAGGAGAAGGAGAAGAAGGAGGGAAAAAAAGGUUGAUAGGUUUGUGCGCGAGUCCCUCGUGCGGGCUGCGCUCCUCCUGGGUGCUAUUUGACAAUUCCUGCCUCUGCCAUUGGUCAGUGUUGGAUCAGAUGGUUGUAUUUCCUUCUGGCCCUCACUGGCACCUCGCCAUCCCCCCUCAGCUAAAACCCAAUCUCAGAUAUACUACUAAUAGGCGCGGCGCUCGGACUAUAAAACACAACAAAUCAUAAACCCGGCGGAGCUGCAGCGGCCGUGCGCGCCUCCCCUCCCAAUGAGUUCCUAUUUCGUGAACUCCACCUUCCCCGUCACUCUGGCCAGCGGGCAGGAGUCCUUCCUGGGCCAGCUACCGCUCUACUCGUCGGGCUAUGCGGACCCCCUGAGGCACUACCCCGCGCCCUAUGGGCCCGGGCCGGGCCAGGACAAGGGCUUUGCGGCUUCCUCCUAUUACCCGCCGGCUGGCGGCGGCUAUGGCCGAGCGGCGCCCUGCGACUACGGGCCGGCGCCGGCCUUCUACCGCGAGAAGGAGUCGGCCUGCGCGCUCUCGGGCGCCGACGAGCCGCCCCCGUUCCACCCCGAACCGCGGAAGUCAGACUGCGCGCAGGACAAGAGCGUGUUCGGCGAGACCGAGGAGCAGAAGUGCUCCACUCCGGUGUACCCGUGGAUGCAGCGGAUGAAUUCGUGCAACAGUUCUUCAUUUGGGCCCAGCGGCCGCCGAGGCCGCCAGACCUACACUCGCUACCAGACGCUGGAGCUGGAGAAGGAGUUUCACUACAACCGCUACCUGACCCGGCGGCGGCGCAUCGAGAUCGCGCACGCCCUGUGCCUGACCGAGCGCCAGAUCAAGAUCUGGUUCCAGAACCGGCGCAUGAAGUGGAAAAAGGAGAGCAAACUGCUCAGUGCGUCUCAGCUCAGUGCGGAGGAGGAGGAAGAAAAGCCAGCCGAAUGAAGACGCUGGAAAGGGAGGGUGGGGGGACGCGAAGGGAGAGGCCAGUGGGGAGACGAGGGCUUCAGAGAGCCCCAAGAAGACUCUGCGGGCGGGGGAACCAGGGGACCUGCUCGCCAGCGCAUGACAGGCGGCGCCCAGCCUUCUCCUGGAAGCCCCCGCCCGCAGAGCUCUUGCUGGGUGCUUAGAGGCCACUGCGCCUGAGCCCACCCAACACCCCUGCACCCCUCCAUCUCCAUCUCCGCGGAGGAUGAACCCGCUUCAGCCCGAUCAGGCUCCACGGUGAGAACUGAGGACCGGACUCACUUGAUGUUUCCUGGAAGCAGAGCAAAACGCUCUUGUCCGAGUCGCGUCUCUUUUCGUCCAUGUCCCUCGUGCACGGUUCAAUGGUAGAUUCGCAGUCCCCUCAGCGGGGGCCUCGAAGACUCCCUGAUCCCCAGACCUCUCUCCCACCCCUCCCUAAAGCCACUGGAAGGAGCACAUACUACCUAGAAGUAAGAAGAGGAGCCUCAGAAGAAAACAAAGUUCUAUUUUAUUAAUUUUCUAUGUGUUGUGUUUGUAGUCUUGUCUUAGCUCUGGACGUGAAAUACUUCGGUAAUAAUAUUAAUAUUAUUAAUAAUGAUAAUGAUAAUAAUAAAGACGUAAAAACUC